CUUGGCGGCGCCCUUCAGAGAUAGAACAAUACCAAAUGGAUUGAGAAGCUGUGUGUGUGUGUUUUCUGUGGGGUACAUCUAAAGUCAUAAUGUAGGGUGUCCGUUAGUGUACUUCUUACCGGUGUAGCAGCCCACAUUAACCCCCCGCCAAACUAUACCCGGGGUUACAGUGGGCUAGCCCAAAAUAUACCCCGGGGUAUAAAAUAGUCCAGGCUAUAUUAUACCCAGGGGUAUAUUUUGGGCUAGACCAGACUAUAUCUCUCCUGUCCAGAUUAUACCUCCAUGUGUUUUUCAUAAAUAAGGUAACUCGGGGGAAUAAUAUACUGGAUUUAGUAUUAAGUAAUAGAUAAAAUACAAUUACAAAUUUAGAAAUUGGAGAAAUAUUAGGAAAUAGCGAUCACAAAGUCAUCAGAUUUGACCUUAACUUAACAAAUGAGAAGAAAGAAAAUAACAUAAUUAUAACAGACUUCAGAAAAGCAAAUUUUAUAGGUUUAAGAGAUAGGCUAAGGAAUGAGGUGUGUGGUGGUAUUACCCGACCAGGGCCAGAACAAGUGAAUUUAGGUCCCGUGGGAGAGGUCGGAUUAUUUCAGAAUGACCAAGAAGGAAAUACGUCGGGUCGUGAGGAUGAAGCAUCUUAUAGGCAUUAAGAAAGGUAUUUAUAGGAGAUUAAAAAGAGGGGAGGAGAAUUUGAGGCAGCAAAUCUAAAAGAAAUUACGAAAUGAAAAUUGCUAAGAAAUCGAAAUUAAAUCUGAAAAUUACUGAAUACUUAAGUUUUUAAGUUAAUUUAAUUCCAAGUUUGUAACACUAUGAAUUUAUAUGAUGGAUUUUAUAAGUUUCACAAUGUGUUAAUAAAUUCUUUGUUCAAACAGGGCAAAAUAAAGAAAGCAUUAUCCCUCUGUAAGGUGUAAUGUCAGGUCAGGUUAAGUGUGAGGUCGUCAGAGGGUAGACUGAGGUGCUCUUGCUUUUGUCUGUCAUUGUGCCUGAGGCUUGUGACUGGUGUUGUUCUGUCUCCUCUAAUUAGUGUGCAUAUUUUUUUCAGUUUUAUUCAUAAUUUUUUCAAACUUUCACAAAAAAAUCUCUCAUGGAUGAUCAACUGUACAACCAGAUUUUGAACUUCUACUCCAGCGCUGACCGAAAGUAUCCUCAGCAUGUCUAUGACCUGGAUCCUGCCAAGCGUGUGAAUGUAAAGUGUCAGUUUCGUCAAACAGCAAAGCCAUUUCGUGCUGACAAUGGCUCUCUCUUCCAUGGAGACAAGGAGAUUCUUGUCAAAACCCGUGUGCCCGGCAUUCUGAAGGCCUGUCAUGAUAAUCCAGCUACAGGAGGGCACUUUGGCAGAGGUAAAACUUUCCGUAAAAUAUCUCAGCGAUAUUACUGGAAAGGUAUGAAGAAAGAUGUACAAGAAUAUGUGAAGGCAUGUACGAAAUGUUUCGUCAGAAAUCCCAAAGUCAGCAAAGAAGCUCCGUCACUCAACCCCGGUCAGUGGGUGGCUCCGGGAGACGUGGAGACCGUGUUGUGUGAGGAGAACGACGACAAUGACAACCAAGACGCCAACUCCGACUCCACGUCCUUCACCACCGACCACCUGGUGCUCACCACCGUCGACGGCAAACCCAUCAAGGAGGAGAUGGUGGAGUGGAUGGACGAAGAAAUUGACGGCAGUGAGGCGGCGACGGAUGGUGACACCGUGACCUUAGGGCGUAAUUCUUCUGCCGCGGCGACUGCCUCUACUACGCAGUGGAGUGAGAAGAGCCCGAGAAGAAAAACGAGAAAAGUCCACCACAAGCCACUUGACAGUCUGCCAAUCCAAAUAAAAAAUGUAUCUGGCAGUCAAGGUCGAGCUAGGGGACCAGCUAGUUCACAAGACCACAACAAAGACCAAGAACAUUCCUCGUCAGACACUGGCGAGUCCACCUUCAGGGUCCGAGGUGCUGCUGGUUGUCACACUCCGGACACCAAGCCAAAAGUCUCCAUGAAACAUGAAUACGUCAUGAACGAGGAGGAGGAACUCUUCGGCAGGUAUAUAGCGGCAGCCAUCAGGAAGCUAACCAACAAGUCAAAGUCUCUGGCCAAAAUGAAGAUCCAAGAAGUUCUUUUUAACUUGGAAGAAUUGGACAGAAACGCCCAGGAAGAACAGUAAAGACUCACAAAAGAUGGUGGAAUGAUGACAAUAUACUGUACAGUGAAACAUCUCAAUGGUGACAGUUUAUAGUGUAGUGGGUAAACACUGCAGUGACACUUAAGAGAGAAAAUUGUCAGGGUUUUUCUCACACCAAACAUUGAAAUACUGUAAUAACUAUAUAAAAAAUUAACUUUUAAUUAUUUUUUUUUACAAUAUAAAAGAAAAUUCAGUGUUGACAAAUGUAUAAGUAAAUCCUCUUAGGGACAGAAAGUACGAGUUUUAAGUUUUAAUUUUGCCAAGACCGCGACAAAAUAAACCCCUGAAUAUGAUGCAGUAUAUUUCUUAAUUGAAUACUGUAAUCAAUCUCUUUUUUUAUUUAUCAUAUCAGUACAAUACAAGGAAUUCCAUACAACUCCAAUGAACUUGUCACUCAUUAGUCCAAGUUUAUACAUACUGUACACGAACUUGAGUAAACCCUGGACCUAAUGAACUGUCAAGUUUAUUAGUUGGAAGCAUUCAACCGAGCCAUAUAUUUAAGGAAUAAAAUAUAUUUAAAACCA